AUGUCUUACCAAGAGCAGCAGUGCAAGCAGCCCUGCCAGCCUCCUCCUGUGUGUCCUCCUCCAAAGUGUCCUGAGCCUUGUCCUCCUCCAAAGUGCCCAGAGCCUUGUCCUCCUCCAAAGUGCCCUGAGCCUUGUCCUCCUCCAAAGCGCCCAGAGCCUUGUCCUCCUCCACAGUGCCCAGAGCCAUGCCCCCCUCAGCCGUGCUAG